AUGCUAAAACACAGCCUAUUUUUCUUCACUUUUGGACUGACUUUGACUGGGAAACUUUUUUGGAUAAAAGGUGCAUCUUCUGAACACAUAUCCAAGCUUUCUACAUUAGAAAUAAUUAUUCCUCAAAGUCUGACCAGCAGAGAGAAGCAUCACCCGUUUUUUCAUGAGGCACAUUCAGAUGAUAAUCUUUCUUACUCAAUUAAAACCAGAAAUGGAACAUACCUCCUACAGCUGAAGAAAAAUAAAAAGCUUGUUAGUGAAGACUUUAUGCUAUACACAUAUGGAGAAAAUGGGAAAAUGGAGGCAACACAAUCAAAAAACAAGACACACUGCUAUUAUCAUGGCACCAUUGAAGGAAUUGCUGACUCAGUGCUUGCUCUUAGCACAUGCGAUGGCCUCAGAGGAAUUCUCUACAUUGGUGGAAAAUGGUAUGGAAUGGAGCCACUCAACACACCCAGCACACCUGAGCAUGUGUUUUACCAGUUAGCAGAUGUGCAGGAUACCCCCUUCCAAUGUGGUGUGCUGAAUGGCAGCCUUCAGCAGGAGAAGAUGUUUGUGGAGCAGUCUGUGAAAUAUGCAUUUUUAUCAAACAGUACCUCUGGCAGGGAAAAGCCUCUGAGGAAGAAGAGAGCUGUCCUGCCACAGAAAAGCUAUGUGGAAUUAUUUGUGGUUGUGGAUAACAACAGGUUUUUGAUGAAGGAAUCUGACCCUGCUGCAGUGCAAAAGGAAACAGUUGAGUUGGUCAAUUACGUUGAUGGGAUGUACAGAGCAUUAAACAUCCAGAUUGUUUUGGUUGGAUUAGAGAUCUGGACAGAUAGAAACCACAUAUCUGUAAUGAAUGGUUCAGCUGGAGAUGUACUGAGCAGAUUUGUUUCUUGGAGACAGAAAGAUCUCCUUAAACGAUCACGAAAUGAUGUCAGCCACCUCAUCAUAGGGAGAGGUUCUUAUGGUGGAUCCAUUGGAAUGGCUUUUGUGGGAACUGUCUGCUCACAAGUCCAGGGAGGGUCGAUCAGCACUCUGAACCAUGACAAAAUGUUACGCCAUGCCACAGUAGUUGCACAUGAACUGGGGCAUAAUCUUGGAAUGAAACACGAUGAUAAAAGGUGUCCUGCAUCCUAUAUUAUGCACAGCACAGAUAAUGGUUCCAGGAAUUUCAGCACCUGCAGUGCUGAUGACUUUGAGAACCUCAUUCUAAAUGGAGGAGGAAACUGCCUUAGAAACCCUCCCAAAACAAGUAAUCUUUAUAAAGAACCUGUCUGUGGGAAUAAUGUGGUUGAUAACAAUGAAGAAUGUGACUGUGGCAAACCACAGGAAUGUACAAACCACUGCUGUGAUGCUGCAACCUGCAAACUGACACCUGGAUCCCAGUGUGCUCAAGGAAUGUGCUGUGAAAACUGCAAGUUUAAAGUGGCAGGAACAGAGUGCAGAUCCAAACUGGAUUUCUGUGACCUCCCUGAAUACUGCAAUGGAAGCAAUGCCUACUGUCCUGAUGAUGUUUAUAUCAUGAAUGGUUACCCUUGUGACAACAUGAAGGCAUAUUGCUACUAUGGAGUAUGCCAGAGUUUUGAUUCACAGUGUGAAUCUAUAUAUGGAAAAGGGGCAAGAAAAGCACCUGAUCUCUGCUUUGAAAAAGCAAAUAUUAAAGGAGAUAGGUUUGGAAACUGUGGAAUGAGAGGUGGAGUGUACAAGAAAUGCCCUGUUCAGCAUAGCCUGUGUGGCAAGCUCCAGUGCACAUCUGUUAGCCUGCAAAAUCUUCCUGCUUGGAGUGUUGUCAAUAAUGCAUCUGGGGUUUUAUGCUGGAGUUCUGACUUUGACUUAGGGUCAGAUGUCCCUGAUCCUGCUCAAGUUCAUGAUGGAACAGCCUGUGGAGAAAAGAAGGCCUGUGUAGGUUUUGAAUGUGUUGAUGAAAGUCAUCUGGGCUACAGCUGUGAUGUAAAGCAGAAGUGUAAUGAUAAUGGGGUGUGUAACAACCUGGGGAACUGCCACUGCAACCCUGGAUGGGCACCUCCCUUCUGUAACCACUCAGGAUAUGGUGGCAGCCUCGACAGUGGCCCAGCUCACAAAGACACAUCACUUCGGGAUGGGCUGCUUAUUUUCUUCCUCCUGGUGUUGCCCACAGCAAUCCUUACUGCAGCAGCAGUAAUGAAGCGUGGCACAAUAAAAAGGAAGUUUUGCAGGAAAAGUAGAGGACAACACAGGGAUAACAAUGUUCAGCAGCCAAAGGAAAAUAACAGACCAAGUCAGAAUGCAAGAAAUAUUCAGUGUUCUGUCUGGAUACGUAUGAACUUUAUUGCCUGCCCUGCCGACACAGGCUGUGCAUGGCAGCCAGUGCAAACCCCACUCCCUGCAGCUCCUUCAGAACCUCAGCAGCCCAAAGUCCCACCUAGACCAGCUGUCUGA